AUGACUGUUGUGGCUCUUAUGGAGAUUCGCACUUUUUCUGAUUUUGUGAACAAGGCAAGGGUGGUUGAGAAGUAUGCUAAGACGAUAGCUGCAUCCAUGGACACUCACAGAGGAAAUACUAGUAAGGGACGUGGCAAAUAUUUCCAUCCGAGGGGUCAAAGCUUCAAGAGAGGAGGAUAUGCGCCUCAAGGGCAAGGAGGCUUCAGAAAGAACAUUCAUGAUCAAUUUCAGCGUGGCAAAGGAAGAGGAAAUCGGAGUAAGAAUUCUUCGGAUUUAGCUUGUGAUCGUUGUGGACGUUUACAUCCAUAUGACUCUUGCAAGAUUGGUUUAGGUGGUUGUUUCAAAUGUGGAUUGCCUGGUCAUAUCGUGAGGGAUUGCACUCGUGGGAAGAACCCGAAUGCGGGUCAGAGUUGGCAUCAAGGUCGAGUCUUUGCUGUGAACGCCAAGGAUGCUUCCAAGGCAGAUCCAUUGAUGAGAGGUAUUUGUUUAAUUGGUGAUAAGACUUUAAUUGCAUUAUAUGAUACUGGAGCAUCACAUUCAUUUAUUUCGUUUGCUAAAGUUGAGGAACUAGGCUUGGAAGUGUCAGAGUUAGUAUUUGAUUUGCAUGUACACACUCUGCAUUAG